CCCAGCGCAACAGAGUAUUGCAAGAUUUGUUGAACACAGACGGCAGUGCCUUGUAACCGUCCAGGCUGUGAGCGCGCAUUAGCAAAGCACCUGCGUCUUGUCGUCAGCAGCCUCAGCCACAAGUCCUGGCAGUGGUCACAGUCUGCUCAUGCAGCCAUGGCGCCAGACGCACUCACACCAACUGAUCCGCGGGUCCAGCACAAAUUCAUCCCGAUCCCAGGCACAGACAUCACCUAUCACUGUCUGCUCGCGACACCAUCCGGCGGCAGCAAGCCCCGGGCCACCAUCCUCCUCAUCCAUGGCUUCCCCGACAUCGCCCUGGGCUGGCGGUACCAGGUGCCCUACCUGCUCUCGCUCAACCUACGUGUCAUAGUCCCAGACAUGCUCGGGUACGGCCAGACCUCUGCCCCAAUGGCAAGAGAAGUCUACACCUACAAGAACAUGUGCACACACAUGGCGCACAUUGUCAAGACCAUUGUCGACCGCCCCGGAGAGAAGGUCCUGCUGGGCGGCCAUGACUGGGGCGGCUACACGGCCUGGCGGCUCGCCAUGUGGUACCCGGAGCUGUUCCUGUCCGUGUUCAGCUUCGCCGUGCACUUCACCCCUCCGACGAGGCGGCUCGUCACUGUCGACGACCUGCUCAAGAUACUGCCCAGCCUCGCGUACCAGAAGCAACUGAUCGCGCCGGACCUCGAGGCCGCGCUGGGCAAGGACCCGCGCGAGAUCAGGCAGUUCCUGAACGCGCUGUACAACGGCCAGCCGGGGCACCAUGUCGCCCAGGUGAAUCAGGGCAUCGACAUUCCCAAUCUCGACAGCUAUGGCGCCUCGCCGCUCAUGAGCGAGGAGAUGAUGGACCACUUUGUCGGUGAGUAUGCGCGGAAUGGGCUGCGGGGGCCGUUCAACUGGUACCGCGUGCGGGAUCUGAACCACGAGGACGAGCUCGUGUUCCUGCAGUCCUCGGAGAAGGGCCAAUACACGUUCAAGAUGCCCGCCAUGCUGGUCAUGGCGGACAAGGAUCUCGCCUUCCCACCCGAGGUGGCGAACAGGCAGCAGCGGUUCUUUGAGAAGGGCUUGAAGCAGCACCUGAUCGAGGACUGCUCUCACUGGAUCAUGAUUGAGAGGCCCGAGGAGGCGAAUCGGCUCAUUGGGGAGUUUGUCGAGAUGGUUCUUGGGGAUAAGGCCAAGCUAUAGAUCUCGUGUCUCAUGAUGUAUUGCGUUGGUAACGUACCCAACACUUCAGCGUGUCUACAAAAUUUUGAAGCUUGGGAAAAAGCCCGCAUCUGGAAAAAGACAGUGAAGACAGGCAUAUUGCCAUGGGCUAUGGAAAAUGCAGCCUGCAGGUUCAGUGAUUCACG